CCGAGUAGCGAUGAGUGGUGAACACGCAAUCCCUGCCGCAAAGCCAGUCCCCAAUCGACAAUCAGCUGUCAAAACAUCGAUUCGCUUGUAAACAAAGGACUCUUGCGUUGAAGUCUCGCGAACGGGUGAAAAAAUACACCUCUUAAAAUUAGUGAAAAAAUCAAGCAAAUCCUCCAUAUAUUACAACCAUUCUCUACGUGUGCGAUGGAGCACGAUGAAUUUCUGGAGUACUUUUGCAGACUGUGCGCCUCGGAGGGGGUGGUGAUACAUCCGCUUUUUCCCCCUGGAGACGACGACCCCAAGGACGAACUGGUCCGGAUGAUCGAUGUGCUGACCUCGGUGACGCUGACACGUACCCAGGACUCCCGUGCGGUCAUCUGUGACAAGUGUCUCCAAAUGCUGGAUUUGUUCUGUCAGUUUCGCGAGGAAUGUCUCCGGCAGGAUGUUAUGAUACGCACACGGCGCGUACUGGAUAAGGAUCGGCAGGAGGAAGAGCGAAGAUUGCUCGUACAGCAACAGCUGGCAGAACGUCAGCAAGCUGCCGCCCUGGAGGCGGUUGUCGAAAUAAAAGAGGAAGAACCACCGGAGCCACCGACGAUUGUGAUAGAUGACUGCAAGGAGGAACAGGAACCGGAGGAAGAGGAGGAGGACGACGAGGAACCACAAUCAGCAGCGGAAGCAAUGCUUCAAUCUAGUCUAGUAGCCAACAGCAAUUUUCAGUCGCCAGCAGAGAUUUCACUUUACUCACAAACCAGCAACCUAUCGAUUUCGGUGCAGGUCAAUCAGAUUUCGCUCAAUGGAACCAUUCCAGCGCAUACAGCAGCUCCUACCGGGAGCGCAGAACCAGCUAGCUCCGAGGCUCGUCCCGUCCAGCGAACAGCAGCAUUCCGGAAGGGUAAACUUGAUCCGAACAAACCCCCACCGGACUGUGAUACGUGUCAGGAGAGUUUCAGCACCCACUACGAUUACGAGCAGCACAUGGACAGUGUGCACGCGUGGGAUCGCGGUGCGCGAUGCUCUUUAGCAUGCGAUCCGUGUCAGAUGCGCUUCACCAAGUCGUACAAUUUGAAACGACACAUGUACGAGGUGCACGGCGAAUUGGCCCCCGGGUUGACGGUAACCGCAUGUGAAUACUGUGGCUUGCGAUUUCUGCGCGGUUACACACUCAAUCGACACGUUGCCAAGAUGCACAGUAAGCGGAAAGCGAAGAAGAUGCUGCUGCUGAAGAGUAAGUGAACGGAUGAUGUGGACGGUUGGAUUCGGCCGUUUCGGAACUUUAGGAGGGUAAGGAUGAAAGAUGACUGUGGCCAUAUUUGGGUUCAUCGCAGGGGGAAAGUUGUCGAUAGGUAAGGGGCGGGAUUUUGGGAACCGUGGGAGGCGAGUUGGGUGCCAGCAAACUCUGAAGGUGCUGUUCAUCUGGAGGAAUGAAUUUGGUUGACUGAAGAAUCGGUGGGUUUUUGAUAACGCCGUAACUGGUAACACAUAUGGUCGGUGUUAAGUCAGACCGGACCAAGUCGCAAAACAUCAAGAAAUGAGUUAAUGAUAGCAAGGGAUAAAGAAUUUCUUCAUCUUCAUUCCACUUUUACCAGAUUUGAAAUAUGAAACAAUAAACAAGAAUUAUGGUAAAAAUUAUUUUCCAUUUAUAAUGUAAAGGAUGCUGCGAUUCAAACUUUAAACGCGUUUUUUCUCGAAAUUAAUGCACUGUCACUUAAUCCGGGCUGACCUAACACCGACUAUAUUUUAGUGGAAAAUGUCCCGUCAAGCUUAGUCUCUAUUUAUUUUAAUUUAUGAGGUUCUGUUUGCUAAUGGGAAACAAUGAAAUAGAACCUGGUUUACGGCUGGUAAGUCAAUGCAUCUAUCUGUUGCUAAAUCAGUGCCAGAUACUGAUGAGACGAAGUCGAAACGUAAAUCUUUCGACUUACUGAAAUUCAGUUACAGCUGUAAAUUUAAAAAAAUGUGGAAAAGGAAUAUAUCUAGGUUCAUUAUUGUUAUUGGAAGUGUGUAGUAGUUGGUUUCCAGAAGAAUUUGUUUCACAAUACUCAAGAUUCAUAGCUCUCACGUCAUAUUAUGGUUGCCAAAUGUACUUAAGAAUUAAAAAGGGGUUAGAGCGAUAUACACGGUAGAAGAGCUAAUAUUCCCUGUGAUAGAUAACAACAGCACAAUGCAAUCAAUCAAAACUAUAACAUUUAUGGAACAAGAUUUACACAAAUUGAAAAGAAAUAUCCUGUGCCAAACAGCCAAAAUAAUCAUAAAAAAAUAUAUACAUUUAAAAAGUUCCGUGAAUAUCUUGAGCUAUAGGAUCUGGGAAACCAACCUAGGUCAAAGGACUAAUGCAAACCUACCGAAUUCAUCAGUCAGUCGCAAACCACAGCAAAAGUUAGAUAAUUUCUAAAAAACGAUUCAACAUGCCUUCUCUUUCGCAAACAUCACAAACUUUUCAGAACAUUCCAUCCAUCAUUCGGUCGCUCGCUCGCCUCUCGCACACUCCUCAAGAGAUAAUAUUCUCACUUUCAAGCAAGCUAUCAACUGCGCUGUAUUUAUGUUCUAAUCAGUAUUAAGUUUCUUACAUACAUGUAUAAUCUCGUAUCGAUAAAGUAUAUAGUCCUUAAUAAAAGCAAAAGCAAGAAA